AUGGGGCUGUUCUACAGCAAGAGCCAGACAGAACCGUCUCCAUGCAACUUGCUCACUGUAAAAAUCAUACAGAUGAAAAAUGCCAGGAAAGCAGACUUGUCCCCUGUCACAGCUGCUAAUGUCCACAGUGGCCAGCCCUGUGAGGCCACUAAGUUAAGUCAGUCUGAUUGCUAUGUGAGCCUGAGCCUGCCAACAGCCUCAGUGCAGCACUUCCGCACCAAGACUGUCCAGAACAGCAAGAAUCCGACAUGGAACGAGACCUUCCACUUCACGAUUCAGAGCCAGGUUAAGAACAUUCUGGAGCUUAAAGUUUGUGAUGAGGACAAAGUAACUGAAGAUGACCAUCUCCUCACUGUUUUCUUUGAUGUCUCCAAAAUCCAGCUUGGAGAGAACAUUCAGCUAAGUUUUCAGCUGAAUCCACAGGGAAAAGAGGAGCUGGAGGUUGAAUUCACAAUGGAGAGCAGUCCCGAUCCUCCUGAAAACAUUAUUACUAAUGGAGUUCUAGUGUCCCGUGAGGUUUCCUGUUUGGACGUGCAGGUGAACGAUGGGAGGCUGAGGAAGGACACCAUGGAGAGAAAGUUUGCAUUAACUGUGGACGGGUCAUAUGAAGGAACCCAGACGCACACGCUGAGCUCCUGCCUGUGCCCGACGUCCCCGGCCAGGUUCCACUACAUCAAGUACAACCAGUCGGCGCUCACUGUGGCUCUGCCGCGGCGCAGACGGCUCAGCAGGUCUAUAUCAAGCCAAAAUGAAAGGGAUAUGAACGAAUCUGUGACUCUACCUCUGAACUCGCUUCCUAUACAAGAGAAAAUAGCAAUAGGAGAGGACAGGACAAUUGACUUGUACACAAAGGCAAAUGAAUGGACUCAGGGUCUCUGUUUCAGACCAAGAAACCUUGAUGCUCGCCUGGGGUUUGACCUCUGCACAGAUGAACAGAAUUUCCUGCAAAACCGAAGGAAAGUAGUUGCUGCUGCACUAAAGGAGGUUCUUCAUCUGGAGGAAGAUCUGCAAGAGCAUGAGGUGCCUAUAGUGGCUGUGACCACAGCAGGGUGUGGCAUAAGAGCACUCACUGCCAUGUAUGGCAGCAUUUUGGGUCUCCAAAAGUUACGUGUUCUGGAUUGUGUUUCAUACAUCAGUGGUUCAUCUGGAACAACGUGGACAAUGACAAAGCUAUAUGAAGAUGCUGACUGGUCACGUAAGGAUCUUGGGGAAGUAAUUGUUGAAGCACGGAAGCAAGCAGCCAAAUGCAAGAUGGGAGCUUUUUCCUUGAAAAGUCUGAGGAAUUAUUACAGAGAGCUGAGCCAAAGGACCCAAGCAGGACAUAAAACAUCUUUUAUUGAUCUGUGGGGGCUCAUGAUUGAAGCCAUGUUAAAUGAUGGGAAAAGCCACCACAGACUUUCUGAUCAACGUCAGGCAGUGAACCAAGGUCAGAACCCACUGCCCAUCUACCUUGCCCUUAAUGUCAAGGACAAAGUUGCCACCAAAGAUUUCAGAGAGUGGGUGGAGUUCACGCCGUACGAGGUGGGCUUCCUGAAAUAUGGUGCCUUCAUUCGUGCGGAGGAUUUUGGCAGCGAGUUCUUCAUGGGUCGCCUGAUGAAAAAACUCCCUGAGUCACGAAUCUGCUUCAUGCAAGGAAUGUGGAGUAGUAUAUUCUCCAAAAACCUCUUGGAUGCCUGGCAUGCAGCUGACAAUUCAGAAGACUUCUGGCACAGGUGGACCCAAGACAAAGUGACUGAAAUAGAGGAACAACCAGACCUGCCUGAGAAGCCAUAUGAGAUGGCUACGUGCGUUUUCACUCCUACCAGUGGCCUCUCCACUACACUACGGGACAUCCUGACGGAUCGCCCCGCUGUCUCCAAGUACCACAACUUCCUAAGGGGCUUCCAGAUGCACAACGAGUACAUCCAGCAUGAACAUUUCACAAAAUGGAAAGACACUUUGCUUGACAGCUCUCCCAAUGACCUGAGAGCCAACUCGGAACACUUGGAGCUGGUGGAUGCAGCUUUCUUCUUUGAAACCAGUUACCCACCCCUUAUGAGACCAGAGCGGAAGGUGGAUGUCAUCAUACACUUAAAUUACACAGGUGGAUCACAGACAUUGCCCCUGGAGCAGGCUUGCAAAUACUUUGCAGAGCAGGAAAUUCCAUUUCCCUGCAUUGGACUGACAGAUGAUGAGAAGAACCUGAAAGAGUGCUACAUGUUCGAUGGUGCAGACACCCCAGGAGCUCCUCUGCUGCUUUAUUUUCCAUUAGUGAAUGACACUUUUCAAAGAUAUGUAGAACCUGGCAUGUCACGUACUGCUGCUGAAAUGGAACAGGGCAAGGUUGAUAUCUCCAGUUUCUCCUCUCCAUACUCAAACAGGGAGGUCUCACUGAAAGCAGAAGAUUUCAACAAGCUUCUGAAGCUGGCUAAUUACAACAUAAUGAACAACGAGAACAUGAUUCUUCAGGCCUUGCGCAUGGCUGUGGCACGGAAGAAACAAGCCCUGAGCCAGCCAGCAUCACAGGCACAGCCCUCUGCUUGA